AUGAAAUGUUUUGGAUGUGGACAGCUGGGGCACCUGGCGCGUAAUUGUCCAGAUAAAGUGAAACCGAAUAAUGUGAAUUUAAAAGAGGGUAUCCCCAGUGACGAAAGAUCUCAGGAAACACCCAAUACUGAGAAUGAUGAGGCACCUACGGGUGAGGAGAGUGAAGGUGCGGGUGAUGGGAAUGGUGAAGGAGAGGUAGCCCCUCCGGCUGAGACACCAGAAGAUGGUGACUCAAUGGAUCUCGUUUCGGAAUCUGAAAUGCCCGCUGCUUCGCAGGGUAGUUACACAGAUCUAGUGGAACAAAUCUUUAAUGAAGUUAUUAACGAACAUAACCCUCCUAUAGAAACUGAAAAUGUUUUUAAAAUGCCGUCUGAGAAAAGGGGUCAUCCAGGCUCUAAAGGCAAAGCAAAGAAGAAGAGUCUGACAGUUGAUGUGCCUGAUAGUGAGAGCGAUUAUGCGUCUGACUGUAGUGUUACCUGCAGUCUACGCACAAGCAGCUUUUCUCAACAGAAUUACAGUGUCGAAGAUAUCAAAGCGUUUUUAAUCAAAACUAAACAUGCAAGGAAUAUGAUCAAGCCAUCAGUGAAGAAAUCCAGUUUGCUGUAUCAGGUUUUCUCUGAUGAAGUGUUGGGAUCAGGUCAGUUUGGAGUGGUGUACGGAGGUACUCACAGGCAGACGGGACGACCAGUAGCCAUUAAGGUCAUUGAUAAAACUCGCUUCCCAGCCAAGCAGGAGAGACAGAGCAAAAAUGAGGUGGCAAUACUGCAGAGUCUGUCCCAUCCUGGAGUCAUUGUACUCGAAGGCAUGUUUGAGACACCUGAACGGACUUUUGCCAUCAUGGAGAAGCUCCAUAGCGACAUGCUGGAGAUGAUUCUGUCCAACGAGAACGGAAGUCUUCCUGAACGCACCACACGCUUCCUUGUUAUGCAGAUUUUGGAGGCUCUGCACUACCUGCACAUGAGACACAUCGCUCACUGUGACCUUAAACCUGAGAACGUGCUGCUUGCCUCACCAGAUCCUUUUCCUCAGGUGAAACUGUGUGACUUUGGUUUUGCGCGGAUCAUCGGUGAGAAGUCUUUCCGGCGCUCGGUGGUGGGUACGCCGGCGUAUCUUGCCCCCGAGGUGAUCAGCAGCCAUGGCUAUAACCGCUCCCUGGACAUGUGGGCUGUAGGGGUGAUCCUGUAUGUCAGCCUGAGUGGCACGUUUCCCUUCAACGAGGAUGAAGACAUUCACCAGCAGAUCACUAACGCUGCCUUCAUGUACCCACGUCAUCUGUGGGCCCUCAUUUCUCUCGAGGCGGAGAGUUUGAUUAAUAACCUGCUGCAGGUGGUGGUGCGCCGCAGGUUCAGUGUGGGGAAAGCUAUGGGACACCCCUGGCUCCAGAACUUCCAACUGUGGUGUGACCUGCGUCAGUUUGAGCAGCGUCUGGGUUGCCGUUACCUCACUCAUGACUCGGAUGAUGAGCACUGGAGAUGCCACGCUCAGGAGAAAGGCCUCAGUCUCCCUCCACAUCUACAGACAGAGCAGGGACACUAACACA